AUGUCUGAAAGGCCACUUGUAUGGAUAAUCACUGGAACCUCGUCUGGGAUAGGACGAGAGAUAACACUGGCCGCCCUGAAGAGAGGAGAUCACGUCAUAGCAACGGCUCGACCUCAGUCGAUGUCCAAGCUCGAUGAUCUGGAGGUUUUGGGCGCCGAUAUCUUGGAGUUGGAUGUCACGGAUUCCUGCGAGAAAUUGCAGCAGAUAGCCAACAGAGCUGUCGAAAUACAUGGGAGGGUAGACAUUGUGGUGAACAACGCAGGUUACGGCCAUAACGUACCCGUGGAGGAAAUGACUCAUGAAGAGUCGGUCAGGCAAUUCCACACCAACUUCUUUGGUGGUGUUAAUGUAGCCCGAGCAUUCCUUCCCUUCAUGCGCAAAGAGAGGACUGGUACCAUUGUAUGGAUCGGUUCCACCCUUGGUUGGACGCCGUCCGUGCUAGGGAGCGGAAUGUACUCGGCUACGAAGGCUGCCAUGCGAGUAAUAUCGCAGAGUCUCAAUGCCGAGAUAUCUCACCUCGGCUUAAGGAGUAUCCACGUCGACCUUGGCUGGUUCCGUACGGCGGUGUGCUCUCCUACCAACUUGAUUACUUCUGCCUCUCGCAUCGCCGAUUACGACUCCCUGAUGGCUCCGGUCCGUGCCCAGCUGAAUAGUUUCGAUCGCACUCAGCCAGGAGACCCUGUGAAAGGUGCAGAGAUCCUCGUAGACCUCGUUCGAGGAGAGGGUGUUGCUAAAGGCAGAGAAGUCCCUCCAGUAAUUGGUCUCGGCCAGGACUAUUAUUUGAGCGUGAAGCAAGCUUGCAAGAACACGCUGGAAGAAUUAGAAGAAUGGCAGGCGGUCUCAUGCAGCACGGAUAUUGAGCCCGCAGCGUUUCCUUAG